CCAUCAUUCAUUACAUUUCAGUCAUUUUAGCUAAUUACUAACACACAUUAGCAUCUGUAUCUGUUUACUCAUGACAAAGAAAACUCACAUAAAGUUAAUCAUGUAAUUCUCUAUCCUCUCAUGCACUGCAAAAAUGAUAUCUUAGCAAGUAAAAUAUUUUGAAAACAGAAAUAUCCAACUAAGAAAGAAAAUCACAAGAUUAUAAGAUUAUAUAGUAUAACAUUGCAACAGAUUCUUCCUGUAAAAGGUUAUUAAGCCUACUUCUAGAUAUGUUACUAAUUUCAAGCUAUUUCAAAAGAAAUGGGUUUAUUCUAUUGGCAAAUAAUUUAGCUUAUUUCAAGAAUUUAUUUCUUCAAAUAAGCAAAAAUGAUCUGGCAAUAGAAUAAGACAAUGUUAAGCUUGAAAUAGGUCUAAUGGUCUUAUAUUUGUUAUAUAAUAACCUCAUAAUGUGAAAUAUUAGAUAACCUUUCCUUUAUUCAAGAUAUUUUACUUGCUAAGAUAUUUGUUGCAGUGUGUUACAUAUUAUAUUUCUAAAGAAUGAUACUGGAUACUUCAACUCACAUGGUGAAGUUUAAAACUCGUUAGCAAAAACCAGAAGAAUAGGAAAAGAAACCGUGUGAGCAAACUAAAGCCAAAGUCCCGUCAUUCUUCUUUUAUUCUGCACUUUUUGGAUGAACCUAAUGCCAAACCGUGUGACUGAUUGAUCCACCCCUAGAUGGACAGUAAAGAUUAAGAGGAUGACAAAUGGGCAUUUGCUUACACAGCGCUUGCUGCUAAUCCCCUUGUCUUCCUUUAGGGAGCCUGGACUGGACAGGGACUCAAACACACUUCAGCAUCACCAGAGGCAGGAUGAGCAGGUGACAGGCCUCACUGGACAUUAUUUGAGCAACAGGCAACAGGUUCUGGAGAACAAAUCAGAGUGAAGUGAGACUUUCAUCAGGACUAAAGACACACUGGAAAAGUAAAUCCGUUGGACAGCCAACCUUCAGGAGUCCACUUGAGAUCAUACAUUACCAGACAGAAUACAUUUUCCAGCAAUUUUCAAGUGACAUCAGAUUUCUCGUCUACGCUUUAUUUAGCUUAAUGGAGGAUCCCAUUAUGAAGAUCUCCAUGAUGUCAUCCACAUCCCCCACAGACUCAUCUAGGAGCAGCUCCACAGAGGAGAGCCAGGGAGGUAAAAGUCCAACUCCGGGUAAGAGCCUGAGUCAAGGCCUGCUAUGUAAGGUGUGUGCAGACACUAGCAGUGGAAAACACUAUGGGAUCUAUGCCUGCAAUGGCUGCAGUGGCUUCUUCAAGCGCAGUGUGAGACGUAGGUUAAUCUACAGGUGCCAAGCUGGUACAGGUAUGUGUCCAGUAGAUAAAGCCCAUCGUAACCAGUGCCAGGCAUGUCGCCUAAAGAAAUGCCUUCAAGCUGGCAUGAACAAAGAUGCUGUGCAGAAUGAGAGGCAACCACGAAGCACAGCUCAGGUCAGGUUAGACAACUUGGACAUAGAUACAGAGAAGGAACACCUAGCCACCACCAGGGAGCCCACAUCCUCCUCAUCCUCCUGUUCUGUGAUAAACAGACCUUUACUGGGCUCCUCCAUUAGCUCCAGCGUCAACUCCAGUGGCCCUAGCCAGCACAGCAGCAGCCCCAAGAACAGCCACCGCUUCAUGGCCAGCCUGAUGACAGCUGAGACAUGUGCCAAGCUCGAGCCAGAGGAUGUGGAUGAGAAUAUUGAUGUAACAAGUAACGAGCCAGAGACAAGCUCUCCAGAGAGCAACACAACUCUAUAUCCCUAUUCUGGCCCAGAGAGCAUAUAUGAGACCUCCGCCCGCCUACUCUUCAUGUCUGUCAAAUGGGCAAAGAACUUGCCGGUCUUCUCCCAUCUGCCAUUUAGGGACCAGGUGAUAUUGCUAGAGGAGGCAUGGAGUGAGCUAUUCCUCCUCUGUGCCAUCCAGUGGUCCUUGCCGCUGGAAAGUUGCCCCCUGCUUUCUCUACCUGAGCUGUCUCCUCCCUCACAGGGUAAAAGCAGCCCAUGUGCCACUGACCUGCGCCUCCUGCAGGAACUCUUCAGCCGCUUCAAGGCUCUGCAGGUGGAUCCUACGGAGUUCGCCUGCCUCAAAGCAAUAGUUCUCUUCAAGUCUGAGAUAAGUGGCCUCAAAGACCCAGAUCAGGUUGAGAAUCUACAAGACCAAUCUCAAGUAAUGCUUGCUCAGCAUAUUCACACACUCUACUCCAGUCAAGCAGCAAGGUUUGGGAGGCUGUUGUUGCUUCUUCCCUCUUUACACUUUGUAAGUUCAGAGAGGAUUGAAUUGCUCUUCUUCCACAGAACUAUUGGAAACACACCCAUGGAGAAGUUGCUCUGCGACAUGUUUAAGAACUGAAAAUCAUUUGUUCUUAGUGACAGUAUUAUCAACACUGAAGUAUAAAUGAGGAGAUUUUUUUCUGUAGUAAUAAGAUGCCUGUCAAAGCAUUUAUACCUGAAAUGGGAGUAUGUUAUACAUAUUGUUCAUCUUUCAUGCCAGCACUGGUCACCACUAUGACUAUUCAAGCUACACCAGAUCAGGAUUACCUACAUGGUCUUACAUCUUAACCAGCUACAUCACCACCAGACCAAGAGUAAUCAUAAUACACCAGCUUGGACCAGCAUCAAAUUCAUUUCAGUCUAUUCUGUUUUAGCAGGUUUUUUCUUAAAUAUUUAUAUUAUAGUUUGUACUUUUAUUACUGCUCAGUCUACUGUAU